GGCCCGGUCGCGCAGACUUGGGCGAAGAUGCUGCGACUGUUGAUACUCUCCCUCGCAGCGCUGGCCGGCCUGGCGCUGACCGGGGGAAACCACCACCACCACCACCACAACCACCACCAGGAGGGCAUGUGUCCGGCCCCUGAGGGCGCCGGGGUGUGCGCCGCGACCUGCCAGUCGGACUCCAACUGCACCGCGGGGCAAAGGUGCUGCAGGAACGCCUGCAACGGGACGAGCUGCGCCAACGUGACGGCGCUUCCGCCGGCGCGAGGAUGAAAUUUGCUGGCAUUGAGGAGCUUAGCUGUGAUCUUUAUCAUGAAACAAUACUAUUUCCGUUUAAAUGAAACAAGUGCUUGUUUAUAAAUAAUGUUUUGGUAUUUUUCUUUUUUAUCUACAUUUUGACUAUUGAGUUUGUUUUAUUUAUUUGAGCUCAAAAUAUAAAAAUUGGUAUUUGUACUGGAAAAAAAAUAUUUUAAAAUUAUUCAGAAUAAAUGUUAUAAAUUUACAGCAUCUGGAUAUUUUUAUAAUUAUGUUUUCUUAGUCUUUUUAAUAAGAAUAAUUUCCUUGAAAUAUUUUCAAACAUAAAACAUUUUUAUAAGAAUAUAUAAUAUGACGGUGAAAUAGUAAGUGGAAAAUAAAUAAUAUAUGUACACUGUUACUGUAUUAAAACCAUGUAAAAUGAAGAUAUUUCAUUGAACAAUACUGUCGCAUAAGAAGUAUAAUAUUCUUAAAGGCACGCCUUACACGAUGUACUGAAAAUGCGUUUAAAUUUAUUAUAUUCCGAAACUAAAGGUAAAAUUCUAAGUAGAAACUCAUAAACAUUAUGUGGAUACACUUUGUAAUAUUUAUAAUACUUUUGUAGUAAACACUUUGUAAACAUUA